AUGGGAGGUCCUGAUCCCAUUCCGGAGCCUGCACCUGUACCUAACCCUACACCACCCCCAGCAUCGCCUACUCCUACAGAUUCAGUGGCAGAGUUGCGCCAAGAGGUUAGUGAGUUGAGGGGCACGAUGGCUUCCAUGUUGAGGCAUUUCGAGGAAUUCAUGGCCCAUCAGGGCAGGCCAGGACAGGCGCCACCGGUAGCAGGGAAUGAGCCUGUCUUACAAGAAAAUGUUAGUGGUCAGACGUCGAACCCAGUGCAGCAGGAGGUUGAGCCCCAGGGUAUGGAUGGUAAUGCUGGCAAUCAGUUGGUGAGGAACUUCAUGGCACUCAGGCCAUCAGAAUUCAGAGGGGGAAAUGACGUUUUGGUUACAGAAGAGUGGCUGAUGGCAAUAGAGAAACAUCUGCGGACCAUAGGAUGCACUGAUGCACGGAAGGUACAACUGGCCACAUACCUAUUUCGGGGAGCAGCUGAGAGGUGGUGGGAGACGGCCAGACUCCAAAAGACAUACGAGUUCAUCGAGUUGACCCAGGGCAACAUGUCAGUGGCUCAGUAUGAGGAGGAGUUCACCUCCCUAGCAUGCUUUGCCCCCGAGUUAGUAGACACUGAUGAGAAGAAAGCGACCAAGUUCUUAAGAGGGUUGCGAGUGGAGAUUCGAUUUCAGCUGGCAGGUGCGCAGUUCACUGACUAUUCUACACUGGUACAUCGGGCAUACAUCAUUGAGAGGGAGAGGAGCGAGCUGAGAGCAGCCCUGACAGCUACUAGGGGGUCAGGCUCAGCCCAGGGACAAGGCAAUGACAGGAAGCGGAAGGGUGCACCAGGGCCUUCAAGAGGCACGCCAGACAUCCCCCCAUGCAAGACAUGUGGAAAGAGGCAUCGUGACCCAUGCCGCUACGAUAGAGGGGUGACAUGUUACACUUGUGGUCAAGCGGGGCACGUACAGAGGGACUGCCCUCAGGGGUCAGGUAGAGCAGGCAGCCAGGAGGUGACAUGUUUUAAAUGUGGGCGCAAGGGCCAUAAGGCCAACGUUUGUUCAGUGCCACCCCAGCGAGGAGGCCUAAGGCCGGGGUAUCAGAGUGAUAGAUCUGGGCAGAGGCAGUCAGUGCCUAGACUUCAGGGGAUGGCACCAUCAUUGGCACUACCACCAGGACAGAGCACCGCAGAUGCUGAUAGACCCCACAUCCAGGAGCGAGUGUUCGCCUUGACUACAGCUGAAGCAGAGCAAGGGAAAGACACAGUGCAAGGUAUCUUAUCCUUAUAUGAUAUUGAUGUUUGUGUUUUAUUUGAUACGGGAUCCACACACUCUUUUGUUGCACCUAGGGUGGUAUGUCAUAUUCCAAUUUCCAGUACAUUAUUACCAUAUUAUUUGAUUGUGACUACUCUGGGAGAUACGAAAAUGGUGGGUAGUGAGGUGUAUAGGGAUUGUAAAAUCAUGGUGCACGAUAAGGAGUUUCCGGGGAAUUUGGUGGUGCUAGACAUAAAAGAUUUUGAUCUUAUUUUGGGCAUGGACUGGCUAUCCCAACACUAUGCUAAGGUUGAUUGUCGGCACAAGGUAAUUCAUUUUGAGUUGCCUCAUCAUCCAAUUGUUGUGUAUAGAGGCAUUAAACCAAUGAGCUCCACACCCUUGAUUUCGGUGAUGAAGGCGGAGAAAUUAAUGCGACAUGGUUGCGAGGCAUAUUUGGCUUUAGUGACGACUGGUAAGGAGGACAAGGUGGAAUUGCUAGAUAUUCCGAUGGUCUGUGAAUUUCCCGAUGUAUUUCCUGAAGAGUUGCCAGGAUUGCCGCCAUCGAGGGAGGUUGAGUUCUCUAUUGACUUAGUACCAGGUACGCAGCCAGUUUCUAGGGCUCCUUACAGGAUAGCUCCAAAUGAAUUGAAAGAGCUAAAGGUGCAGUUGGAGGAAUUGAUUGAGAAGGGAUUCAUCCGCCCGAGUGCCUCAUCUUGGGGUGCUCCAGUUUUAUUCUUACGUGGAGCAUCCGUCUUUUCGAAGAUUGACUUGAGGUAUGGAUACCAUCAGGUCAGGGUCAGAGAAGAAGAUGUAAAGAAGACUGCUUUUUGCACUAGGUACGGCCAUUACGAGUUUGUGGUCAUGCCAUUUGGGUUGACUAAUGCCCCGGCAGUCUUCAUGGAUUUGAUGAACAGGGUGUUUAGAGAGUAUUUGGAUAGCUUUGUUAUAGUGUUCAUUGAUGACAUACUCAUCUACUCGCCGAGUUUGGAGGACCAUGAGACCCACCUUAGGCUGGCAUUGCAGAGGCUGAGGGAGAGGCAGUUGUAUGCCAAGUUCAUAUCUGGUGAGGGUAUUUCAGUAGACCCUGAAAAAGUGAAGGCAGUGAUUGAGUGGCCACAACCGACUACAGUGACCGGCAUCAGGAGCUUUUUGGGGCUAGCAGGUUACUACAAAAGAUUCAUUGAGGGUUUCUCUAGGCUUUCCUCUCCUAUGACAAAGUUGACUCGGAAGGGAGUUAAGUACGAAUGGAACGAGGCUUGUGAGCGUAGCUUUGAGGAGUUGAAGAAGAGGCUAACCUCAGCACCGGUAUUGGCUAUUCCUAGGAGUGGAGAGACAUUUUCCAUCUUCAGUGAUGCGUCACACUCAGGUCUCGGAUGUGUAUUGAUGCAGGAUGGACGAGUGAAUGCCUAUGCCUCGAGACAAUUGAAGAAACAUGAGAUGAACUACCCUACUCAUGACUUGGAGUUAGCGGCAAAGGAGUUGAACAUGAGGCAACGUAGGUGGAUGGAGCUUUUGAAGGACUAUGAUUGUGAGAUCUUGUACCAUCCGGGGAAGGCCAACGUGGUGGCCGACGCAUUGAGUCGCCGAGGGGCUUAUAUGGCGGCUAUGAAGACCCAGGAAUGGAUGCUUUUGAGUCAGAUGGGGGAGUUAUCUAUCUCUGGACCCGAAGAGAGACCUACGGGGUAUUGUUCGUACCUAAGGGUACAACCUGAUGUGAUGGAACAGAUUAGGGUGCAACAAUCACACGAUGUGAAGUUGACCCAGAUCUUGGCAGAUGUGGGGAAGUUUUCCCCAGUGGGUUUCAGCCAAAGGGGCGAUGGGAUGCUACUAUUCCAAGAUUGA